AUGUUUGUGGGGACUGACCCACUGUGGCGCCUCUGCUGGACAGCCGAGGAACUGCAGGCUUUGGUGCACUCUGUGUUGGCUUCAGGAGGUAGAUCUCAGGUGGCCUUCUCUGCUUCGCUCACCAGCACCUCACAGUGGACCCAUCAGGGACCGUUUAAAAAUGUGAGCCCACUGGUGUUCAGGGAGGUGAAGACAAACAUUGGCAAUGCAUACGACCCAGACACAGGCGUCUUCACCAAACCCACAAACGGACUCUACAAUAUUCGCUUUACUGGGAGCAUCGGAAAGUCGGGAUCCUUAAAUGCAGCAGUGCUGAAGAACGGCGAGAAUAUGUUUGCCAUCUACAACACAGUGGGCCGCAUCAGUUCGAAUGCCAACGGUAUGACGCUGGUGCUGAAUGAGGGCGACCGAGUCUGGGUCGUCCUCUGGCCAAACCAAAGCAUCAGUGACAAGAGUGGCCUCAGCACCUUCAGCGGCUUCCUCAUCUUCCCCAUGUAG